AUGAAGAAAAUAAUAUUGAUGCUUUUAUUAUUUUCAAUAUUUUUUAUUUUAAAAUCUGAAUCACAAAAUACCUUGGUUUUAAAUGCAUUAAUUUAUGAUAAUACUCCAUCAAGAAACCCAGAUUUUGAAGCUUCAGGUUCCGUUGGUGUCCAAAAAAAUUUGGUAAAAUCAGUUCUUGGUAGUGAUGGAACUCCAGUUUAUUGUUGUGGUAAUUCACCAAGUGCAACAAUUCAUAACCAAACCACAUUCCAAUCAUGGUUUCACAAUGUUCCAGGUGUGAAUCUUCCAAUUCAAAAAGAUAUCAUUCUUACACAAUCUCUUUCAAAUCCAAAUAUUUAUUCCUACAGUAAUGAUUCUUAUUUUGUAAUUGAUGGUCAAGGUUUUGAUGACAAAUCAGUUUAUCCAAAUGAAAGAGUUUAUCGUGACGCUUUUGGAAAUCCACAUAAUUUCCACUUUUGUUUACAAGCUCAUACCGAAUUUCAAUAUAAAACUGGUGAUGUUUUUAAUUUUGCAGGUGAUGAUGAUGUUUGGGUAUUUAUUAAUAAUAUUUUGGUUGUGGAUUUGGGAGGUAUUCAUACAAUUGCAAGUGCAAGUGUUAACUUGGAUUUAUUGGGUUUAACACCUGGACAAAAUUAUCCAUUUGAUUUCUUUUAUUGUGAACGUCACACUGUAGAAUCUCAUAUAAGAAUUGAAACAUCUUUGGCAUUCAAGUGUCCUCGAUAUGAUGAAUGUGGUGUCUGUGAAGGUGAUGGUACUUCUUGUUGUACUCCAAAUAAUUGUGAUAAUAAUCCAAUUUAUAGAACCAACUGUAUAACAGCAAAAUGUUCAAAUAAUGUUUGCGUUACUUCAGCACCAUAUUGCAGUUCAACCGAACCAUGUACAGUUGGUCUUUGUACACCAGGUGUUGGUUGUUCAGUUGUUCCAAAAAAUUGUGUAAAUGAAAAUCAUUGUACCCAAGAUUCAUGUAAUUCAACUAUAAAUGCUUGCCAACAUGAUCCAAUUCCAGAUUGUAUCAAUUGUGCCUAUAUUGGUUGUAUCACUACUGAUUAUUGUAAUGAACAAGUAUGUUCAGCUGAUGGAAGAUCAUGUGAAACUAGACCAAAGAAUUGUGAUGAUUUAAAUUUUUGUACUGUUGAUACAUGUUCAAAUGGAGUUUGCAUUUACACAAGAAUUGAUAAUUGUGUAAAUUGUACAGGUCCAGGUAUUGGUUGUAUUACUACUGAUCAAUGUAAUCCAAAUGUAUGUUCUCCAGAUGGUAAUUCAUGUAUCAUUCAACCAAAGAAUUGUUCAGAUGGUAAUGCUUGUAAUGAUCCAUCGUGUGUUUCAGGUGGUAUGUGUAUGUUAACCCCAGUGAAUUGUGAUGAUGGUGAUGAUUGUACUUUUGAUUCAUGCUCAUCAACUGUAGGUUGCAUACAUACUAAUAUAUCUAAUUGUGUAGAAUGUCAAAAUAUUGCUUGUAUUACAACUGAUUUUUGUAAUGUUAAGAUUUGUAUUAAUAAUGGUACAACAUGUGAUACUGUUCCAAAAACUUGUGAUGAUGGUGAUUCAUGUACAAUAGAUUCUUGUGUCAGUCCAAGUGGUGCAUGCCUAUAUGAGCCAAUAGCCAAUUGUGUUAAUUGUGGUGGAAAUCAAUGUAUAACAACUGAUUUUUGUUUACCAUUAAUUUGUGGACCUGAUGGUGUUACUUGUGCUGUUGAACCAAAGAAAUGUGAUGAUUUUAACCCAUGUACUUUUGAUUCUUGUAUUUCUCCUCAAGGUGAUUGUGGUAAUGCACCAAUUCCAGGUUGUGUAGCAUGUAAUGAAAUUCUUGGAUGUACUACAACUGAUCCAUGUCACCCAAUUACUUGUUCAGCCAUAGGUGAUCAAUGUGUGUCAACUGAUAAAGAUUGUGAAGAUGGAAAUCAUUGUACAAUUAACUCUUGUCAAAAUAAUAAUGGAACUGCUACAUGUUUAAAUUCAUUGAUUACCCAUUGUACUGAUUGCCCAGGAAUUGGAUGUACUACUACAGAUUUUUGCUUCCAACAAGUUUGCUCUGCAACUGAUGGAGAUGUUUGUACAACAGUUCCAUUGAAUUGUGAUGAUGGCUUACAGUGUACAGUUGAUAGUUGUAUUGGACCAAUGGGUGUUUGUAGUCAUAUAGCUAUUGCACCAAAAUGUUUAGAAUGCGCAUUGGAACCAUGUAUUACAACAGAUAAUUGUCAACCAGUUAUUUGUGGUCCAGAUGGACGUUGUAUCCAAGAGACAAUUGAAGAUUUUUGUGAUGAUUAUAAUUAUUGCACUGUUGAUACAUGCACAGGAGUAGGUUGUGAACAUGCUUCAAUUUCAGGUUGUCGUAAUUGUACAAAUGGAAUUGGUUGUACAACACCAUCAGAUGAUGCAUGUAAUUUACAAGUAUGUUCUGAAACUGGAGAUAGUUGUCUUACAAUGGUUUUAAAUUGUGAUGAUAAUAACGAUUGUACUGAAGAUAAGUGUUUAAAUACUGGUAUUUGUCAAAAUAAUCCAAUUGACGGUUGUGUUACACCAUCACCAGUUUCAAUUGGUGGAACUAUCCCUCCAACCACUACUGGUGUAUCACAAGUUGAGUGUGAUUGUUGUCCAAUUGGUCAAAAAUGUUUAUUAGUCAAUGGUCAUGAAAUUUGUAUUAAACCAGCAACCACUGGUGGUAUUCCAGAAUUAACUACUGGUUGUGCUGGUACAACAACUGGCAGGGCUACAGGUCAUUACACAGAAUCAGGUACAGGUAAUCCACAUUUAUGUGAUAGAUAUCAUUGUAAAAGAGGAAUGGAAUGUCAUGUUGUUAAUGGUGUUCCAGAAUGUUUACCAUCAAACUACAAAUGUUUAGAUUGUUUAGAUCUUCAUUGUGAGAGACAAGGUGAUUUCACCUGUUUUAUGGUUAAAAAUCCAAAUUUCAUUUCUAGUAAACAUAGUUGUUAUGGUGAAUCAUGUUGUAAAUUCACACCAGUUUGCAAACCAAAAGGACACUCACUUUAA